ACGUGUGUUCCUCCAAUCAGAGCUCGCAGCGCAUGAUUUCGAACAUCAACGUCCCGACGGGAAGUACGCCAGAGAAGAAACUCACAUAAAAUACACACAAUAUACGCGCUAUCCGUUCUAAAGUCGCCGUUCACACGCCUGUGGAUAGCGGCGAGCAGCAGUGCGAGGUGUGUGUCGUGUUUGAGAGAGGCUCAGAGGCAUGUGGAGCUGAAGCUUAACCCGUUAAUCUCCUGAGAGACUCGCGGUCAGCCAUGGCUCGCGAGCGGGUGCUGAAGAAGAGUUUCCAGCAGAGUCUGGACGAAAUCAAGGACAAAAUGAAGGAAAAGAGGAACAAACGCCUCGCUGGGGCUUUAGCUGUCAGCCGCGGCCUGUCGAAGAUGAAGAGCAGAAGCACAGCGACGGUGCAGCCGUUUGUGCUGAAGAGCGUCCAGGAGAACAACAAAGCUCUCGCCGUGGCGCUGCAGACGGAGCGGGAGAAGGUACGGCAAGCGCAGGGGGUCAUUCUGCACCUGAAGAAGGAGAGGCAGGCGCUCGUCUUCCACCUGCUGAUGCUGAAGAGGACGCUUCGAGACCGCGCGCCGGCCGAACACGCUCAGGUUUCUCCUCCUGUCGAGACGAUCCCAGCUCAGCCCGUCAGUCCUCGGCCGGUUGGUGUGUUUGAGACUGACGUGCAGGAGCCUCCGACUGCAGAGGCUGCUUCGGGGAGCUGUGCUGCCAGACCGGGGUCACUGCCGCCCACAGUGGGAACCAGGAGGAAGAGGCGCUCUGAAGCUGUGAGGAGACGGAGCUCACGCUUCCACUCCAUCGGGAAAACACAAGAGGCUCUCGAUGACCGGCGAGAGGAGGCGCUCAACACUCGGCCGGAGGAGGAGCGGGUCGCACCGGACGAGCAGAACCGGGAGUUUGAGCUGGAGGUGUCCGAGGUCCAGCAUUCGACGCCGGAUCCUCCCGUCAGGCCAAGCCGAAGGAAGAAACCCACCCGGACCAAACCGGAGCGGGGCCGCAGACCGGACCGGGCCCCGCUGAAGAAACCCUGGGAGAACCCCAAACCCAGAGCGCGCUCCAAAAGCCGUGAGCGUUCCCAGAGCCGGUCCCGGGCGCCGGCCGAGGGCCUCAAUUCCUCCCUGGGCGGCAACGACACCUUUGACUUCAACUGUGAGGAGGCCGUUCAUCUGACACCCUUCAGAACCGGACACAAGCCUGCGGAGAGACCAGAUGACCCUGCGGAGAGACCGGAAAACCCUGCGAAGAGACCGGAUGACCCUGAAGAGGAGGAGGCCGACAGCAGCCUCUCCGAUGAUGAAGAUGAUUCCCCGUACGUGCCGAAGAGGAAGACUAGAAGGACUCGAAGUCCUCCGGCCAGACGCGCUCGGUCCAAACGCCGCUCCGCUCAGGAGAAGAACCGGAACCAGCACUCAGAGAACAACAGGGCUGAAGUGGAAGACCCUGUCGUGCAUCUCGAUGUUCCUCUCGAGGAUCCCAGCCAAUCACAGCCAAGCCCAG